GCGAAGUUCUGUCUGUAUAUGCUCCAUCUUGAUGGACUAAAGCCUCGUUUUCCUUGCAACUCAGCCAUUCACUAUUAUUCUGCGCUGAACACAUUCAAGCCCUUCCUCAGUUCCUAACAGACGGCAUCUAUGCUGUGAUGGUCGCUAAUCUUGUCUGUAGUGCAAUGCGAAAGAAGGGACUCAUGAACGAGUCGACCUUGACAACAACGGUGCUGCAGACCUGCAAUUGCUCCUGCAUACGUACAAGCGAGGGCGAGUCCCAGAGCACAUCGCACUUGCUUGGGGAGAUUGAACUUGUGCUGGACUGGUCCGUCACUAGGUUUGCCGUCGUGAUUCUCACACCAGUAGUGCUAAGCCUCGUCAUCGGACUGUGGUUCAACUCAAAGGACUGGACGGACCGAACCACCAUCCAGACUGCUUGGUCUAUCGCAUCAGGAUUUGUAUUAAUAGUACACUUGUAUGGCUUUGAUCAUGCCAAACCAUUGGAACUUAAUACUGUCGCCUUCCUUGCUAAUGGAGUGUGAUCGAAUGCCUUGUAUCUAUCCGAGAUAUCGAAUUUCAAACAUCGACGGUG